AUUAAUCUUACGCCGAAAACGGUGCGGUGGGGAAGCCAUUGGAGCCUGCUCUUCUUCUUCUUCUUCUUCUUCGCGAGCUCGGCGUCGGAAAGAGGUGAAGUGAUUCCGUGAACACAUAAGAGGUAUCCUUAAAGUUUUGCUUGAUCUUAGUGGGAAAUCGAGUUUCGAUGCGUGCAGCUACUAGCUUUGAAAAGGCCUUUUAGGAAUCUGAGUGGUUGAUUUGACGAUUGUUGGAUUCUUCUUCUGGACCUUCUAUACAUUGCUCAUGAUCUAGAGAUAUUAAGUUUUGCAGGGACUGUUACAGCUUCGUGAUCUCGCUGCGGCAUGAUGAGCGGACUGACCUAUGAUGAUUCGUUCUCCGAUCAAAACAUUCUUCGGGCUAGUGGAUUGGGAGAACUGCAGCCUUGUCUAGGUCAUAACAACAGUGCGGAAUUGCCCCAAAUGUCCUCUGGCACCAGCACGAUCACGGAGGGAGAUAAUCCCGAAGAUAGUGAUAUCUUCUAUUCAGACAUGGCCCUUAGCUACAUUAGCAAAAUGCUCAUGGAGGAAGAUAUAGAUGAAAAGAUCAGCAUUCAUAAGGAGGAAGAGUCAGCCCUUAGAGCCGCAGAGAAACCCUUCUAUGACAUUCUUGGACAGAAGUACCCACCAUCCCCAGAUCUACCACUGCUUCAAGUUCAGCAAAGUUUGGCAAAUCUCAACUAUACAGACCAUGGCUGUAUUGGCAAUAACUCUCUCUGCAAGUCUAGCAAUCGCCAUCAGUUGGGUUUGCAAUCUAGUUCCUUUAGCAAUUCAUUUUGGUCUCCGUUGAACUCUUCGAGCAGUAUCAGCAGCGAAAAGAAACCCGGUGUUGAUGUUUUCAUGUCUCCUAGUCUGUUCUUCAAAAGUAUGCCUGCUUGGCAAUUCAAGAAAGGAGUUGAGGAAGCAAGCAAGUUCCUUCCCAGUAAUGAUAAAUUGGCAGUCAAUUCAGAUGUUUCAUCAUCUCAGCUACUGAGACGAGAUAGACCAGUCAGUACCACGGCUAAGAUGGACAGUGAAGAAUCUCCCUUGCAUGGCUCUAGAGGUCGAAAAAACCCAAGCAGAUAUGACCUCGACUUGGCUGAGGGGAGGAGUAAUAAACAGUCAGCUAUUUCCUUUGAGGGGGAAGUGAGGUCAGAAAUGUUUGACAUGAUUUUGCUUUGUCAAAGAGGCAAAUGCCAAAAGAAAAUAUCUGACUUAAGGGAAGAAAAGCAAAAUGAAACUAUCAAAAUAGCACAGGAUUGUUCCUCAAAAGGAUCGAAUGGACGGGGAAAGAAACAGACCAAGAAAAAGGUGGUGGAUCUUAGAACUCUUCUCAUCCUUUGUGCUCAAGCAGUGGCCGCAGAUGACCAACGUACUGCUGAUGAACUACUGAAGCAGAUUAGACAGCAUUCUUCUCCGGAUGGAGAUGCGACGCAAAGGCUGGCAUAUUGCUUUGCAGAUGGUCUCGAGGCUCGAUUGGCUGGUAUGGGAAGUCAGAUUUAUCAUGCCCUUGUGGCAAAAAGGACAACCGCAACCGAUGUAUUGAAGGCCUAUCAUCUAUAUCUCGCCGCAUGUCCUUUCAAGAGAAUUUCAUAUUUUGUUGCUAAUCAGACAAUCCUUAAUGUUGCACAUAAGGCAUCCAAAGUGCAUAUCAUAGACUUUGGCAUUUAUUUUGGGUUUCAAUGGCCAUGCCUUAUCCAGCGUCUUUCGACUAGGGAUGGCGGCCCUCCAAAUCUGCGGAUAACUGGAAUUGAUGUGCCACAACCAGGUUUCCGUCCCACAGAAAGAAUCGAAGAGACAGGGCGUAGAUUAGCAGAUUAUGCCAAAAGUUUUAGUGUCCCUUUUGAGUAUCAGGCCAUUGCUUCUAAGUGGGAAAAUUUUCAGGUUGAAGAUCUUCACAUCGAUAAAGAUGAGGUUGUGGUUGUCAAUUGCCUCUACCGCUUCAGAAACCUUGUCGAUGAGACUGUUGUUGUAGACAGCCCCAGAAAUAGGGUCCUGAACACGAUAAGGAGGAUGAACCCUGAUGUUUUUAUACAUGGAGUAGUGAAUGGAUCAUACAGUGCUCCCUUCUUCGUCACACGUUUCAGAGAAGCUCUAUUCCACUAUUCUGCUUUGUUCGACAUGCUUGAAACAAAUGUGCCGCGCUACAAUGAACAAAGGUUGCUGAUCGAGAGGGAUCUCUUCGGCAGAGAUGCUCUUAAUGUUAUAGCAUGCGAAGGCUCGGAAAGGGUUGAGAGACCUGAGACUUUCAAACAGUGGCAGGUUAGGAAUCUCAGGGCUGGAUUUCAACAGCUCCCACUUAACCCGGACAUCAUCAAGAGAGCAAAACACAAGGUGAAAACUAAUUAUCACAAAGAUUUCGUCUUCGAAGAAGAUAACCGAUGGUUGAUUCAGGGAUGGAAAGGUAGAAUCAUUUAUGCGAUAUCAACAUGGAAGCCCUAUUGCGCUUAGCAUCAUAAUCUGAAGCCUUUCAUCAAGCUGUACAUGCAUUAGUCAGGAGAUAAGUUACAAUUGCACAUACAAGCAAUUCAACAUGAUUCAUCUGGACCAAUAUAUGACGAGGUACAUCCUUUAAACUGACUGCCUUUCUAUUGUGUACUUCAAGUGUCAGAUAAGAUUCAGAUAGUGCCUUGCUAGCUAUGCACUCUGAUUGAACAUAUUAUCCGUAUUUCCAAAACCUAAUUAACUUGUUAGGAGAUGUUGACAACAGACCAAGAACAACCAAUAAAUUGUGGUGCUGCUCUUGUUGUUUGAACUAUUAGAAAUUGGAAAAUAAAUUAGUUAGCCAAUGACUUGUUCUUGAAGUGAUGUGGUAAAGAUGCCCACCAGCAAUUUUGUAGUUGUUUAUGCAUGGUGGAUUGUUCUGUUAUUGUCUAAAGCAUAUGCAGUUGCAUGGUUGAUGUAGGGAACAUUGCAUUAAUAAUAAGAAUAAUAAACUGUUUUUAA